AUGGAUGAGAAACUCUUCAAAAUCGAGCUCCACGCUCUGCAACAGCAUCUCGCGGACAUGACACGUCGACGCUAUUCAGAUGUGCCUCGGUUUUUAGAUCCUUUCGCCUCUCAGCCGGAGAAGGUGGACGCUCCAUUGCCCGUGAUGGCAGCUAAAUCGAGCCCUCUUGGCCCCCUCUAUGACCUUCCUCAAGUCUGCAAUAACACCGCUGAGCAUUCGCAUACAGCGGCAGACCGCUCGAAGCCCGCGUCUGCUCCGUUGGACGUCAUCGCGCGCCAAAUCUUCCAGCUUCAGGCCAGUGUCUCCGAGCUGGAGGACAGGUUCGAUGCACUGGAUCCGAAUCGCUUCACUCCUCCCGCCAGCAUGAAUGAUAAUGAGUGCACGAGCCCUCGCCAGGAACCGACAGCAACGUCCAGUACGGGCACUGCGAGCACUGAGCAAUCCCCAUCUCUCGUGGCGCCAAAUGGACAACGGCCUUUCCUGGAGCAGCCUUCGGAGACAGGCCCGACAAACAAUACAUCGGAAAUGCCAGCUGAGAUUUCCCCUCCGCUCUUCCCUUCUCCAGCCAGAUCAGCGGGCAGCAUGGGUUUCAGAGACAGCGAAAUCGUGCGCCUAGCUGAGCAACUCAGGACUGCUCAAGCGCGCUUGGAGACCGCCGAAACACAGAUCGCUGACCAAGCCCGAUGGAUCAGCUUCGCAGAGCAGGAUCGACUUCUUUCGUGGCAAAACCAGAAACGUCAGUCCUGCCAAAUCAGCGAAUUAGAAGUGACGAUACUUCCGCAUCACAUGCUUCCCCAACGAUAUGGAAUGCAGACUGGUGGCCUCAUCAGCAAUUUCGCAACGGUGCCAAAUCCUUCACAAGGCUGGUACCACGGUCCAACUGCGCAGCCCGGGUACUCCGCCUGGACGCCACCCUAUGAGGACUACGCGCUCAAGUGCGAGGAGCUGAAGAAGGAAAUCUCACAACGUGAAGACGAAACCCAAUACUGGGAGGAUCUUUGUGAGGAGAAAGACGCGUUGAUUUUCGAUCAGCGGCUCAUCAUCUCACGCAGCGAAGCCGAAAACCAGACGCUGCACCGUGAAAUCGCAAGGCUGCAGGAUGUCAAGGGCCACAUGCCACGUCGGGCUGGGCGAGCAGCCGGCAAGCAGCGGAACGAGAGUAUUGUACGUCAGACAUUGUCGGACUCGGCGGGCACGACAGUGCGAGCAUUCUCGCCCCCGAGCGUGCGGAGCUACCACCCGCAUCGCCAUGCCACUACGGCACGAAAGGACUACACCACGGGAGCCCCCUUCUUCCCUCGCUACUGGACUUCCGAUGAUAAGGCCGACCGAGCACCCCCUCGAUCGCGUGAUGUCAGCGGAGGGGACGAUGACUACGGUCGACGUCGCGCACCGCCUCCACGCGACCGGAGAUCAGGCGGUGAUCGCUCCUCCGACCGUCCUCGACCCCGCCGAGGCUACGACUCCGAGGAGGAUGCGCGCCGAAAGCCGUCUCCACGCGACGACGCGUCGGGCCGUGGAUCCGGUCGGGGCUCUGGACCGAGACGCGAAUCGCCACGGGCGCCCGUAAGUCGCGAGAAAGACAAGUACGAUGACGGGUAUAAGCCGCGCCGCCGGCCAGCGGGAGACGACUACGACGAUCCUCCUCCGCCGCGACGCAGCCAAAGCGAUCGAUAUCCGCCGGAAAAGGAGGCGCUCCCGCCGCGCAAAGAUACGGUUCGGGACUACGCGCGCGACAACGAUGCCCGCCCGAGGGAUAGCAAGUACGGCGAUCGCGAGCGCGACCGUGAUCGUGAUCGUGAAGCCAAGCCGAGGCGAAGACGGUCUCCAAGAGACGAUCGAGACCGCGGGUAUCGCAGCGACGGACGCGAUGACCACCGCCGCAGGGACAAAGAGCGACGAGAGCGUGAUCGUGAUCGAGACCGAGACCGGGAUCGGGGGCAUCGGAAGAGUGACCGAGCGCGGAGUGCAGAUCAUGGCAGCGGUCGCAGGGACCGAGAGAGGGAUCGUGGGGAGAAGAGAGGAGGCGGCGGAGCCAAGGACAUUAUGGAGAAGGGGAAGACGCACUGGAAGACGGUCGAGCCGGUUGCUAAGCCGCUGCUGGGAGCCCUGGCAAAGGCCUACCUGGAUGGAGGCGGGCGUGCUUAG